GUCCUUCCAUCAUUCACUCCACUGAUUCAUCAUUUAAAUAGUCGGAGUCGUGAAUCACGAGACAAUAAAAUAUAUUAAACGAAAAGCAUCCCCUGUAUCUUCUACAGGUCAAUAAAUAUCCAUGCACCUCCCAAAGCUGAUCACUGCACUACCUACUACUACUUUCUUCUCAGGUUAUAUCGCAAUUAUAUUACAGGUACUGUAUUUGGUAAGAUUUAUCAAACGCAAGCAAAAGAUCGAGAUGGCCCAAAAGCUGGCAGCAAAGGGUGGUGAGAUUGGAGAUGUUUGGGAUGAUGGUGUUUACGACAAUGUUAGAAAGGUGUAUGUAGGGCAAGGCCAAGAUGGUAUAGCAUUCGUCAAGUUUGAGUACGUCAAUGGUUCUCAAGUGGUUGCUAGAGAUGAACAUGGAAAGAAGACUCCGCUAGGAGUUGAUGAGUUUGAGAUUGAUGUUGAUGACUACAUCGUAUACGUGGAAGGUUACCGUGAGAAAGUUAAUGAUAUGCCCACAGAAAUGAUCACGUUUCUUACAUUCAAAACCUAUAACGGCAAAACCUCUCAGCCUAUUGAACAAAGACCUGGGACUAAGUUUGUGCUUCACGGUGGAAAAAUCGUUGGGUUUCACGGACGUUCGACCUACGUUCUACACUCCCUCGGGGCCUAUGUUUCUUCGGCGCCGUCCGCUUCGAAAUUACUCGGAAAAUGGAUAAAGGUGGAGCAAAAAGGAGAAUGUCCAGGGCAAAGAUGCUCGCAUGGCAUAGCACAGGUAGGUAACAAGGUUUACGCCUUUGGUGGUGAGUUCACACCAAAUCAGCCCAUCGACAAACACCUUUAUGUCUUUGACCUCGAGACCCGUACUUGGUCCAUUUCUCCAGCCACCGGAGACAUUCCGCACCUCUCUUGCUUAGGUGUCCGUAUGGUGUCUGUAGGAUCAACCCUCUAUGUCUUUGGAGGCCGAGACGCUUCACGGCAAUAUAACGGUUUCUACUCAUUUGACACUACAACGAACGAGUGGAAACUGGUAACCCCGGUAGAAGAAGGACCCACUCCUCGUAGUUUUCACUCGAUGGCAGCCGAUGAGAACAACGUUUACGUUUUUGGUGGGGUAAGUGCUACGGUGCGGCUCAAGACACUAGACGCUUAUAACAUUGUUGAUAAGAAGUGGGUUCAGUGUUCGACUCCAGGAGAUAACUUUAGCGUUAGAGGAGGAGCAGGGCUCGAAGUGGUGCAAGGGAAGGUAUGGGUUGUGUAUGGAUUCAACGGAUGUGAAGUAGAUGAUGUUCAUUACUAUGAUCCUGUACAAGACAAGUGGACACAAGUGGAAACAUUUGGUGAGAGGCCUUCGGAAAGGAGUGUGUUCGCUAGUGCGGUUGUUGGAAAACACAUUUUGUUGUUUGGAGGUGAGAUUGCGAUGGACCCACUAGCUCACGCGGGUCCGGGUCAACUGGCCGAUGGCACUUUUGCGUUGGACACAGAGACGUCAAAAUGGGAGAGGUUGGAUAAGAUUGGUGAAGAGGAGGAGACUCCGAGUAGCAGAGGAUGGACAGCGUCCACAACUGGGACCAUUGAUGGUAAGAAAGGGCUUGUGAUGCAUGCUGGGAAAGCUCCAACCAAUGACAGGUUUGAUGAUCUUUUCUUCUACGGAAUUGAAUCUGCUUGAUCAAACGCUUUAAACGCGGUUUGAUGAUAACCGUUUGUGACUUUAAGUGUGUGUGUGUGUAAUGGAUGCAAUAAGGAAGGGUCGUGAGGACUAUACCAUAUGAUCCUUCGUCAGCUUGUCCAUUUGACCGUUUCGUUUUUUUUUUUUUUCUAUAAGGUUGUUUCAUGCAUGUUUUGUGUUUGUACGAUAAUUGUAUCAAUAAAAUCGUUUAUUUUCUUGAAAGAA